AUGGCGUUGAACGAAGACCCAUCGGCGUCUCCCCGGAGCGGCGGUCGCGUCCGCAAGAAAUCCAAGCGCUAUGACGACUACAUCGCGACGGACGCCGUGCUAGACCUGCCCGCCGUCCCGCUCUACGCCGUCGCCAAGCGUCCGAAAAAGGAAAUCGUGGAAAAGCCGGUCUUGUCCCGCACUAAGCUCCUCACCGAUUUCGUCCCGAGGUCCUCAUCGCUGUCCACAUCCUCUGCCAAUGCUGCCCGAAAUUACCCUUCCCGACUCAAGAAAGACUCCAAGGUGCGGAACAAACCCGGGCCGAAGCCGAAGGUGUUGUCUGAGAAGAGUUCGUCGGUGACGACGAUAGAUGCCGCGUGUCACUUGAAUUUGCUCGGCGAAUCCCUGUCGUUGAUGGGACAGGAGUUGACGGAGCACCAAGGCCCGAUUGCAGUCUCAGGAUCCGUGUCUGUGUUGUUGGACGCUUUGUUGUGCUCGAUCGGGCCGUUGUUGUGUUUGACGCAGGAGUUGCCCGUGAUGCGGGGUGCGAUUCCCAGCGAUAGGAUGCAGAGGAUAUUGGAAGAUACUCACGACUUCAUGCCUGGGAUUUAA